AUUUUUGUAAAACCAAGUUAGUACUGUAGAGGGCCGAGUAGACGCAGUCCGAGCCCAUAUUUUUCUCUAAUAAAAAAAAAAAUUUAAACAUGGCUGACUAAUUUCCAAUUCUAUCUUUACGGAGUUACGAAGUUAGGUUACUAUUGCUGUGUAUCUGUGUAUAUGUAUAAAUAAUUUUAAAAUAUUAAGAAACAUUCAAUAUAAAAAAGCGAACCAUGGCUACUGGAAAAACUGCUCAGGCAUCAUAUCAACCAGAUUCAGAUGUACAUAUUUCAUAUGAAGAUCAACAAAAAAUUAACAAAUUUGCAAAACAAAAUGCACAAAUGGAUGAUUUAAAAGAAGAACUUAAAAUAAAACAGAACACUUUAAAAAAUUUAGAAGAUGCCUGUAAUGAAAUAACUCUAAUGGAUGAUGAUGAAAAAAUAUCAUAUCGUAUAGGAGAUUUAUUUAUUACUCAAGAUAUUGAAAAAACUCAGAAAUGCUUAGAGCAAGCAAAACAGCAAAAACUAUGUGAAAUAGAAAUAUUGGAGAACAAAUGUGCAGAGUUGAAAAACUUAAUGACUGAUUUAAAAGCACAAUUAUAUGGCAAAUUUGGCAGUCAUAUUAAUUUAGAAACUGAAGAAGAUUGAAUAAAUAAAUUUAAAUAUAAAUAAUUAUUUAAAUUUGUAAUAUUAUUUGUUAAUUAUAAAAAAAAUAUCAAUUCAGAAUAAUUGUGUAUGGUAUUGAUUAAUCAUAUUCUAUGAAAUCAGUUUUCAGAGUAUAUCUUCUCAUAUUUUAUAUUUAAAUUUCAAUCACGAUUUUACAAAAAAAUUUCCAAACUGUACACUUAAAAUAAAAAAAAUUU